AAGGAGAAGGAGAAGGAGGGGAAAGAAGAACUAGAGGUGCCUUACGUCACUGACCUAUCGUAUCACGUCAUUACUACACCGGAAGAAACAAGAGACGCUAUGAUGUCACGCGUAGACCGCGUGGCGUCACUACUUGACCAACUGGCUUCCGUGAUGGAUCAAGUGAACACAAAAGUUACUGUUCUAGAAAACUUGGAAAUGUCAGUGAUCACGCAUGUAAGCACAUCCAACACACACAUUGCUCAGCUUCUGUACGCCAGGCUUGAGGAAAAGUUGGAGGAGAUAAAGUGUAGGGAGUGUAGAUUUGCGGCCAGGAAAGGAGUGAAGGACACGGAAGGGUCAGUGUUGGGCCUGUCGGCCUCGCCGGGACCACCAGAGCUGGGUUUGCCUCCAGCUGAGGUCAAGGCUAAAUCCCGCUGGGUGACUGGAAGCUCUUACAGCCAUGUAUGGUGUUUGUCAGACUACGGCCAGUGUGUGGGGAAGGAAGUCGAGCAACACAGCGACGUCCUUCACCUUGGCCCCGACCGGCUAGAGGUCAUGGCCGCUGUAUCGUUUGACUCUCACAGGAAGACACGCGUGUGUCUGUACGGGCGACGGUGUGGCUGUGCUGUGGGGGACGGAAGUGUCGGGGUUCUACACGCUAGGGCGACGGUCACGGCUGUGCGUCUGAGUGCGAGGGGCGGGGGUGGGGGCGGGCGUGUGUGGAGGUUGGGUUGUGAUGACGUCAUCUUCCAGGGGGAGUCGAGAGACUGGCAGGAGUGUAGUUACAUCUGGAAGGUUCUCCCGGCCACGAUCUUGUGUGAGGAGUUGGAGAGACAGGGGCUGGUGAGCGGAGGCCGGGUCUGUCUGCAGUUUGACUUCCGCGUACUGUGAGGGAGAGUAGGGAGUCCUGGGAUACCGUUUGGCUUGUGUCAAUUUUGUGUUACUUUUGUGUCACUUUGGCUUUCAUUCAUAAAAACGUGCUGACUACUUUGGCCCAGUUAGGAGUUACAAAACAUCUGUGUUUGUCAGUCAAAGGUAGUGAAGAGAGACAAGAGGGGUACGAGAGGUGGGACAAGGAAAUGGAACAAUUAUGGUGUGUCAGGGGAUUCCUCGUGACACGGUUUCUAAAAAUAGAACUGUGACUACUGUGAGCAAGAAAGACUUAAUACAGAUAGACACUCGUAAUGUCUUUCAACAUAACUGUCUCAGCUAAAGAGUUGGCUGUAUUAACACCCAGUCAUGCUGAAACAUAACAAACAUUGUAAGAGACGCAAUUGAAAAAAUGAACAUCGGCCUGUUGUGCUUUACAGAAACUUGGCUUCGAACAGAUGGCGAUGAAUCUAUCAUAGCCGACAUUCUACCACCCGGCUUUGAACUUAAAUCUUUUUCACGCGGCUCACGUGGUGGCGGAAUUGCUUUUAUUCAUCGGCGAGGUCUACCAAAAAAGUUCAUCUGCGAUGGUCCUUCGUAUCGCACAUUUGAAUCAGCCACUGCUUUCAUCAGAUCAGAGCGACUUACCUUCCGUGUGAUAUGUAUCUAUCGACCACCACCUAACAAGAAAAAUAAAUUUACAAGUAAAGGAUUCUUCAUAGAAUUCCAAGAUCUACGCUUUCAACUUGAGCAAGCUGCUUCCCCAUUUUACAUCAUAGGGGAUUUCAACUUUCACUUUGAUAUUCCAUCUGUACCAGACACCAAACGCCUCGUUUCAAUUCUUGACGAUCAUAAUCUAAAGCAGCUAAUCAAAGAGCCGACACAUCGUAGUGGUCACAUUUUAGACCUGCUAAUUACCAUCACUGCUGACCCACAUGAUUUUAAACAUCAGGUUCUAGAUAAGGCUAUCUUUGACCAUUCUCUUCUGUUAGUUGACAUUAACGUCUCCAAACCAAAACAAGAAAGCUAAGCAUACUUUCAAGGAACAGGAGAACAAUAGACACACAGGCACUUCGGGACGACGGGAGCAAAACACUGACAAGUCUAUCAUCCCUAGAUGCAGACACAUUUCAUGACACUCUGAAAGCGGCAAUCGACCAACAUGCUCCAAUGGUAAAAAGGAACAUUUCAUCCAGCCCUUUUUCUCCAUGGUUUUCACUUGAAAUCAAAGAAGCCAAGCAACGUCGACGUCAGGCAGAACGCAGGUGCAGGAAAUCAAAACUCCAAGUUCACAGAUACAUCUUUAUUAACCACCGAGACAAAGUCAACUCAGUCAUCGAAAAUAACAAGAAAAGAUACUAGAUCUAUCUACAUGAAUUACAAGAUGUGAAAUCAUCCGAACAACUCGUUCAGACUACCAUUAACCAAUGCUAUUCUGGGAAAAGAAACAAUAUCUCCUCUCCCCUCUGCAACAUCAGAAGACAAACUUUGUAGUUUUUUGGUGACUUUUUUCAAUGACAAAGAUUAAUACAAUACGCUCUUCAUUCGACCUAGAGCCAAAUGGAAAUUUAGAAUUUUCAGAAUUAACUGGACAGAUAUUAGAUUCGUUUAGUCUCGUUACAGAUAGUGAUAUUUUAAAUUGUAUGAAAGGAUCAACAAUAAAAACAUGUGACCUUGA